AUGUCAGCACAAUCUAAUAUUUAUUGCAAUGGUUGUAAUACAGACGAAUUUGCAUAUGUUCGUUAUAAAUGUGAAAUAUGUCCAAAUUAUAAUUUAUGCUUGACAUGUUAUAAUAAUAGAAAAGAAACAUUAAAUCAUUUAUCAUCACAUACAAUGUUACGAAUUGAAUUACCAUCAACAAUUAAUCAUGAUUCAUUUGUAAAGCAAUAUUCAGAUCAAAUGAAUCGUCUUGAAGAAACAUAUUUAUCACAAUAUUUGUCAAAUUUAUCUGUUAAUAAUAAUCAACCAAAAUCAAUUGAGACACUUGAUAAAUUAUCAGCUGAUAGAUUGUAUGAAUAUUUAAUCCGACUUGAUCCAAAUUUAAAAUCAUUAGCAGAAAAAUUAAAAAAUCAACGUGUUUCUGGUCUUGAUUUAAUAAAUUUUGAUGAAAAUGAUUAUAAAAAGUUUGAUAUUACAUAUGGAGAAAAGAAAAAACUUCAACUUUUAAUUGAACUAAAACAAUUAAAUUCGAAUGUAUCUGAUUCAACACAAAUACAAAAUGAAAUUAUUCAGUUAAAAUCAGUGAUAAAAAAACAAGAAGAAGAAAUUCAAGAAAAAACUAAUUCUAUUCAACAACUUGAAGAUAUUUUAGAAAAACAAGAACAACAAACACAACUUCAAGAUGCAAUUAUUCAACAAUUACAAGAAGCAAUUGAAAAACAAAAACAAGAAAUGGAUAUGUUAAUGGAAUUAGUAGAACAACAACGGUCUCUUAUUUUAGCUUCACAAAAAUCUUAG